AUGGCUGUCGACCGACCUCUCACUGUGAAAGUAAAGCACUUUUUCAUGCUUAUCGACUCCACGUCCAAAUGCCCCGUGCUAGCUUUGGAGAUCUACAUUUACUUGACUCUUGAGAAGGACCGUGUGUCUCAGCACAUCUUCGUGCCCAAAGCAGACACAACUGGACUAGGAUCGCAGCGUAUAGACGUUGCAGCGGUGGUGCUGGUGUUGGUAAAGGCAUUGGUGGAAACAAACGCAGGUGCUUACUUUAAAGAGCCUGUGGCUUGGAAACAGAGCCGCAAGGACAACGAUGUGAAGGCUGAAUCGCCAUAUGCCACAGUCAACGUAUUGCGUGCUCUCGCCUCGAAGCUCACUUCAGAUCCUGCAAGUAUACAUUCGCUUCCGUACUAUGGGACACCAGAACAUAAGGAGAAGGAGUCCAGAGGGCCUGAAGUUGCUGACACUGUGACGACAAAAAUCUCCCUCUUCACCCGUGCUGCUAAUGCCUAUAUCUUUCCCAAACUGGAGCACAACAGCGGCAAGCACAUUGCUGACGGGAACACUCUAUUUAGGUGGUGGUUGCGAAUUUUUGACCAUUGUCUACCGUCAACCUGGCGUUGUGUAGGUGACAUUCCAGGAGCCGAGGCUGCCGCUGUUGCUCGUAGCUUCCCUUCAGAUCGUUGGAAACAGGGCAAUAUCUACGUAAGUGGACUGACACCAGCUGUGCGUCAGAUACCGUUGUUUCCAGAUGACCCCAAGGGCCGGUUCCUCGAGCACUUGAUUGUGGAGGGGCGCUACAAAUCGGUAACCACGCAGCAGUUUUGGCAGGAGUUGGGCUUCAGGCAAGAAUUUAGGCUAGGCAAUGUGGUGGGAAUCAUUGGCUGCGAAAAUAGCGAUGCCGUUGCUUUAGAUCGUGAAUCUACCUGCCCAGGCUUGAGUGUUUCCCAUAAACAGUAUAAGAAAGUUGUCGAGUUUGUGAAGGGGGAAGACUACAGCAAUAAGUUCGAUAUUCAGGCCAUGAUCGAGUCUGGGCUUCCUGAGGUUUUUAAGCAGAAUGGCUUGAAGUACCUGACAAUCAAGCUUGAGGGGAAGAGACAGCGUAAAGAAAUGUCACCAAAAAAUGUGAUGCCGGUCAAUAACUUAAAUAGCAUGGUGAGGAAACGUCCUGCCGUAAAUAACUUGACAGGGCUUGUAAAAAAAGCCCCGAAGAAUUCGAAACCUUCAACGGGGUCCUAG